GCGCAGUGACCGGACGCCGCGGCCGGAGGUCCUCGCCCCGCCCCGGCCCCUGGGGAGGUGGGGGUGGGAAGGGAGGAGCCGCGCGCAUGUGCACAGCUGGCGCCCCCCGCCCCCCGCACACAGCUGGGACCUGGGCCUUGGCCGGCCGGGCGGGCGGGUGCAGUCCGGAGCGGGCCGGGGACGCGCCGGGCCCUUCGCGGUUGGUCGGUGCGCCCGAGCGUCCGUGCGCGCCGUCGGCCAUGGCCUUGCGCCCCGCGGGCCCCGCGCGCCUCUGCCUGCUGGCGCUCGUGCUGUGCUGCGGCUGGGGGGCGCUGGCCUCUGUCGCCCCGAAGCCGGGCGCCGGGUGCCCGAGCCGCUGCCUGUGCUUCCGCACCACGGUGCGCUGCAUGCAUCUGCUGCUGGAGGCCGUGCCCGCCGUGGCGCCGCAGACCUCCAUCCUGGAUCUUCGCUUUAACAGAAUCAGAGAGAUCCAACCUGGAGCAUUCAGGAGGCUGAGAAACUUGAAUACCUUGCUUCUCAACAAUAAUCAGAUCAAGAGCAUACCUGGGGGAUCAUUCGAAGACUUGGAGAAUUUGAAAUAUCUCUAUUUGUACAAGAAUGAGAUCCAGUCAAUUGACAGGCAAGCCUUUAAGGGACUCUCCUCCCUAGAGCAACUAUACCUGCAUUUUAAUCAGAUAGAAACUUUGGACCCAGAGUCGUUUCAGCAUUUGCCGAAGCUCGAAAGGCUAUUUUUGCAUAACAACCGAAUUACACAUUUGGUUCCAGGAACAUUUAAUCACUUGGAGUCCAUGAAAAGAUUGCGACUGGACUCGAACGCGCUUCACUGCGACUGUGAAAUCCUGUGGCUGGCGGAUCUGCUGAAAACCUACGCCAAGUCGGGCAACGCGCAGGCAGCAGCAACCUGUGAACAUCCUAGACGCAUUCAGGGGCGGUCAGUGGCCACGAUCACCCCAGAGGAGCUGGACUGUGAAAGGCCCCGGAUCACGUCCGAGCCCCAGGACGCAGACGUCACCUCGGGGAACACAGUGUUCUUCACCUGCAGAGCUGAAGGCAACCCCAAACCCGAGAUCAUCUGGCUUCGAAACAAUAAUGAGCUGAGCAUGAAGACAGAUUCCCGCCUAAACUUGUUGGACGACGGAACCCUAAUGAUCCAGAACACGCAGGAGACAGACCAGGGGAUUUACCAGUGCAUGGCAAAAAACGUGGCCGGGGAGGUGAAAACGCAGGAAGUGACCCUCAGGUACUUCGGGUCUCCAGCUCGACCCGCUUUUGUAAUCCAGCCGCAGAACACGGAGGUGCUCGUGGGGGAGAGCGUCACCCUGGAGUGCAGCGCCACAGGCCACCCCGUGCCACGGAUCACCUGGACAAAAGGGGACCAGACGCCCGUGCCUGAGGACCCUCGAGUGAGGGUCACGCCUUCGGGCGGCCUGUACAUACAGAAUGUGGCACAGGAGGACAGCGGGGAGUACGCCUGCACCGCGGCCAACAGCAUCGGGAGCGUCCACGCCACAGCUUUCAUCAUCGUCCAGGCUCUUCCUCAGUUCACUGUGACCCCUCAGGACAGAGCUGUCAUUGAGGGUCAGACGGUUGACUUCCAGUGCGAGGCAAAGGGCUACCCACAGCCGGUCAUCGCCUGGACGAAAGGAGGGAGCCAGCUGUCGGUAGACAGGCGGCAUCUGGUCCUGUCGUCCGGGACACUCCGGAUCUCGGGCGUGGCCCUCCAUGACCAGGGCCAGUAUGAAUGCCAGGCCGUCAACAUCAUCGGCUCCCAGAGGGUGGUGGCCCACCUGACGGUACAGCCCAGAGUCACCCCGGUGUUCGCCAGCAUUCCGAGCGACAUGACGGUGGAGGUGGGCAGCAACGUGCAGCUGCCAUGCAGCUCCCAGGGGGAGCCGGAGCCCGCCAUCACCUGGAACAAGGAUGGGGUUCAGGUGACAGAAAGUGGGAAAUUUCAUAUCAGCCCUGAGGGAUUCUUGACCAUCCACGACGUUGGGACCGCGGACGCAGGCCGCUAUGAAUGCGUGGCCCGGAACACCAUUGGGCAGGCCUCGGUCAGCAUGGUGCUCAGCGUCAACGUUCCUGAUGUCAGUCGAAACGGGGAUCCAUUUGUAGCCACAUCAAUUGUUGAAGCGAUUGCGACUGUUGACAGAGCCAUAAACUCAACCCGGACACACUUGUUUGACAGCCGUCCGCGUUCCCCCAAUGACCUGCUGGCCUUGUUCCGGUAUCCGCGGGACCCCUACACUGUGGAGCAGGCCCGCGCUGGGGAGAUCUUCGAGCGCACGUUGCAGCUGAUUCAGGAGCAUGUGCAACACGGCCUGAUGGUGGACCUGAAUGGGACGAGUUACCACUACAACGACCUCGUGUCCCCACAGUACCUGAGCCUCAUCGCCAACCUCUCGGGCUGCACGGCCCACCGUCGCGUCAACAACUGCUCGGACAUGUGCUUCCACCAGAAGUACAGGACGCAGGACGGCACCUGCAACAACCUGCAGCACCCCAUGUGGGGCGCCUCGCUGACCGCCUUCGAGCGCCUGCUCAAGUCCGUGUACGAGAACGGGUUCAACACCCCUCGAGGCAUUAACCCCGGCCGGCUGUAUCACGGGCAUCCGCUCCCCAUGCCUCGGCUGGUGUCCACGUCCCUCAUCGGGACAGAGGCCAUCACGCCCGACGAGCAGUUCACCCACAUGCUGAUGCAGUGGGGCCAGUUUCUGGACCACGACCUGGACUCCACGGUGGUGGCCCUGAGCCAGGCCCGCUUCUCCGACGGGCAGCACUGCAGCAGCGUGUGUGGCAACGACCCCCCCUGCUUCUCAGUGGCCAUCCCCCCCAACGACCCCCGCGUGCGGAGCGGGGCACGCUGCAUGUUCUUCGUGCGCUCCAGCCCCGUGUGCGGCAGCGGCAUGACCUCGCUCCUCAUGAACUCCGUGUACCCCCGGGAGCAGAUCAACCAGCUCACCUCCUACAUCGACGCUUCCAAUGUCUACGGGAGCACGGACCAUGAGGCCCGUGCCAUCCGGGACCUGGCCAGCCACCGGGGGCUCCUGCGCCAGGGCAUCGUGCAGCGCUCGGGGAAGCCGCUGCUCCCCUUCGCCACCGGGCCGCCCACGGAGUGCAUGCGGGACGAGAACGAGAGCCCCAUCCCCUGCUUCCUGGCCGGGGAUCACCGUGCCAACGAGCAGCUGGGCCUGACCAGCAUGCACACGCUGUGGUUCCGGGAGCACAACCGCGUGGCCGCUGAGCUGCUCUCGCUGAACCCACACUGGGACGGCGACACCAUCUACCACGAGGCCAGGAAGAUCGUGGGGGCGCAGGUCCAGCACAUCACCUACCAGCACUGGCUCCCCAAGGUGCUGGGCGAGGUGGGCAUGAAGAUGCUCGGUGAGUACCGGGGCUACGAGCCGGGCGUCAAUGCCGGCAUCUUCAACGCCUUCGCCACGGCCGCCUUCAGGUUCGGCCACACGCUGGUCAACCCCGUGCUCUACCGGCUGGAUGAGAACUUCCAGCCCAUCGCACAGGGACACAUCCCCCUGCACAAAGCCUUCUUCUCGCCCUUCCGGAUCGUGAACGAGGGCGGCAUCGACCCGCUGCUUCGGGGCCUGUUUGGUGUGGCAGGGAAGAUGCGCGUACCCUCCCAGCUGCUGAACACGGAGCUCACAGAGCGGCUCUUCUCCAUGGCGCACACGGUGGCCCUGGACCUGGCCGCCAUCAACAUCCAGCGGGGCCGGGACCACGGCAUCCCGCCCUACCACGACUACCGCGUCUACUGCAACCUGUCCUCCGCCCACACCUUUGAGGACCUGAAGAACGAGAUCAAAAACCCUGAGAUCCGGGAGAAGCUGAGACGGUUGUACGGCUCCCCGCUCAACAUCGACUUGUUCCCCGCGCUCAUGGUAGAGGACUUGGUGCCCGGCAGCCGCCUCGGGCCCACCUUGAUGUGCCUGCUGAGCACCCAGUUCAAGCGCCUGAGAGACGGGGACAGGUUGUGGUAUGAAAACCCGGGGGUGUUCUCCCCCGCCCAGUUGACACAGAUCAAGCAGACGUCCCUGGCCAGGAUUCUGUGUGACAAUUCGGACAACAUCACGCGUGUGCAGAGGGACGUGUUCAGAGUGGCGGAGUUCCCCCACGGGUACGGCAGCUGUGACGAGAUUCCCAGAGUGGACCUCCGCGUGUGGCAGGACUGCUGCGAAGACUGCAGGACCAGGGGACAGUUUAACGCCUUCUCCUACCACUUCCGAGGCAGGCGGUCUCUCGAAUUCAGCUACGAGGAGGACGAGCCCGCCAAGAAGGCCCAACCCGGGAAGACCCUGAGUGUCGGGAAACGCAGCCAGCGUCCCAGCAACGCCACGUCCGCCUCCUACGAGCACCCGCAAGCUCCAGGGACGAACGAGUUCAAGGACUUUGUUCUGGAAAUGCAGAGGACCAUCACAGACCUCAGGGCACAGAUAAAGAAGCUUGAGUCCCGGCUCAGCACCUCGGCCUGCACGGAUGCGGCCGGCGAGACUCACACCGACGGGGCGCAGUGGAAGCAGGACGCGUGCACCACCUGCGAGUGCCGUGACGGGCAGGUCACCUGCUUCGUGGAAGCGUGCGCGCCUGCCGAGUGCCCGGCGCCCGUGAGACUCGACGGAGCCUGUUGUCCAGUCUGCCUAAGAGACACUGCGGGAAAUAAGCCGUAGGGUCUUCCAGCCUCUGUGGGGCUUCUCUGCUCGUCCUCUGGAGACCGGGGGCUGGUGCGGGGAAGACAGACUGAAGGGACCACGAGGACUCGGGCGUUCCACGGUUGCCGGGCUGUGUCAGAAGCAGCGCAGGUGCUGGGACCCGAGCCUUCGUGAGGAGACCACGGCGCAGAUGCGCUGCGGGGGCAGAAACGUGUCCUAACUUCACGUUAGAUUUCUCAGGUUUUUAUUUAAUUUUUUAAUGAAAAAUUGGUGCUACUAUUAAAUUGCACAGUUAAAUCAUUUAGGCUCCUAAAUUGAUUUCCCCUAACAUCACCAUUUCUUCUCAAGUAAAAGUCAGUCCCGCUUGGUUCUGACACCUGGAGCCGGCGGGCGUGUCACCGAGGGUGGGGGUGCGGAACAGAGCCGCUGGAGGAGGCCCACCAUGUUUACAAAGGAAAUCAGAGUUUGGCAGACAGAGCAGAGUCUCUUACGAGAGGGACCGGGGUGACGGCCUCGGCAGGAAGCACGGGCCCCAUCGUCCCAGCCUGAUGAGUGGCGACACCCCCAGUCCUCUGUGACGGUCCACAGCCCAUCAUGCAACCACAGAAACAGAUGUUCCCGCUGUUCACAGCACGUGCACCCCACGACUGCGACGCUCAGCUCCGCCCGCACGCGCCUGUGAGAUCAUUAGGCCACAUCUAGGAUCAGGUUUGUUUUCAGUUAUGACCUGUGUACAGACGCCUCGCCAUGGACCAAACAUGCAGGUCCUCCAUCCCCCGCGGGACGGUACCACCAACCACACCUGCGUUGCUGAAGUCGGUCCAUGCCGGCUCUCGCUCAGUUCGUGUCCACAGGACUCUGUCCGGCCAGAGGGCACAGAAGAAUUACCAGCUCCAGAUCCUGCUUCUGACGGGGCAUUCGAAUGUUGGGAACUUUCUAGGUUCGGGUUGUGUGAGUGCGUUAACGGAAAAAGGACAAUCCCUAUACCUCAUUUGUAUUUUUAAAUGCAUGAUGUUUUAUGAAAUUUUGCCCAUGUUUUAGCUGUUAGAUCCUGAAGAAUGAUAAUUUCCACUAUGCAAAAGUUCUCUUACAAUUCAGUGAAAAGCAACUGCCAUACCUCAUGGUCUGUCUCUUUUAAUUGACCAAAACCUCCUGUUUUGUUCUAAAUACGAAGUGAUGUAUGUUCCGAGGAAUGUGUCCCUGAACACAGGUGCGCUGCUCUGCAGACCUUCACUGGAGCGCCUGCUGCAGCCGGGCGCCAUGGGGGCACAGAUGAGGGACCCGCCCUGCCUCUCCCAUGGGGAGACCCCCAGGGACACAGGGUUCCCGUGUGAGGUGCGGUGAGGCCACGGUUGGUGGCGCUGUGUUGAGACCGUCCCUGGCAGUGAGUGGGAGGCAAGUCUCCUGGCCGUGCCCGGCGCACAGUGGGUGCUCUCAAGCCUGGUUCAGUCCGGCUCAGGCACCCUCCUGCAGCAGGAGACCCCUGGCUCUAUGUCCCAGGCCCCCGUCUGUAGGACGGAGCUAACAUUCCAGCUGUAGGGGUAUUUCCAGUGGCGUUAAUCAUGGUCAGCUUGACUUCUUAGCCUCUCAUCACUAAAUGACGAAUAGGCCUGGGAGUGUCUCCCAGGGCGCGGGCCUUUGUUGGAAAUAUCAAGUCAAAUCUAGUAGUCGAAUCUUGGAACUGAUUUCUGUAAACUAGGCAAUGGGUAACUUUGUCCAAAAUUUUGAUGGUGGUGUAAGUUGCUCAGGUGUGAGAGGAUGGCAGGUCCCAGUCCGCGAGUGUUUGGGUGGCAUAGGUGCGCUGGCGGCUUAGUGUGGCUUGUCGCAGAGGUGCGUGCGCCGGGGGGAACGUGUGGCCCGGGCGAGGGUCGGGGGACCGCGGUCUCCACACCGAAGGGGAGGCAGCCUGUGGUGUACAGGAAGAUUCUGUAAUUGCAGUGGAAAUGUCUGCCGAAGCACCGUUCCAUCCCAGACCUGAAAUGGAAGCCGUGGGCCGCGCCUCCGGACCCUGCCGGCAGCCGCGCGAGGGGCUGCUGUGGCUGAGGCCAAGUGUACAUACUCGUUUCCUUUCUGACUGUUCCGACACCAAAUGCCUUUCUUAUGUUCAUUGUAAUCAGCGCAUCACCAAAGAGGCAUCUGCACUGUGUAGCGAUGCCUUCAGCCAAAUAAACGGCCACGCUUUCACGUGGA